AUGAAUAUAUGUCUCCAAAUAUUUAUUGAUCUGAAAUCGUUUCUAUCUAUCCGUUUCUCGUGGUUCCUAGAAUGUGUUCAUAUCUAUCUGACCCUGUCUGAAAUUAGUUUCUUCUUCUUCUUCUUCUUCUUCUUCUUCUUCUUCUUCUUCUUACUCCCCCUUCUUCUUCUUCUUCUUCUUUCUACUCCUCCCCUUCUUCUUCUUCUUCUUCUUCUUCUUCUUCUUCCCCCUUCUUCUUCUUCUUCUUCUUCUUCUUCUUACACCUCCCCUUCUACUUCUUCUUCCCUUCUUCUUCUUCUUCUUCUUCUUCUUCUUUGCGCCGAACCUUCUUUCUUUCUUUCCGUGCAUAAUCUCAUCUCCCGUUUAUUGCUUAAUCUAUUUCUUUCUUCAUUCCUUUCGUCAUUCUUUCUUAACUUCAUAUUUUCCUUCAUUCAUUUUAACAUUCAUUCCUUUCUUUACGCCUUUAUUCCUUACCUAUUCUCUUCUCUAUCACAUUUUCCCUCUCUCUAUUUCUUUCUUUCUUUCUUUCUAUAUUUUAUAAUAUUAUUCCUUUUUUUACUUCAUCCUUUCUUUCUUUUCCACCUUAUUCCUUUAUUCUUAAUUUAUUUCAUUCAUUCUUAUAUAAUCUCUUCUUCGUUUUAUCUUUUAUCGUUUUAUCGUUUUAUAUUUUUUUCUUCUCUUCCUUCGUUCGUUGCUUCCUUCUUUCAUUCAUUUUUCUUUCUUCGUCGCUUUCUUCUUCCCUUCAUUUUUCCAUGCUUCUCUUCUUUCCCUUGUUUCCUUCCUUUUCCUUCCUUGCUUCCCUUCUUCUUCAUUCUUUCCUUCCUUCCUUUCUUCCUUCCUUCCUCUUUUCCUCUAGACCUUUAUUCUUUCUUUCUUUCUUUCUUUCUUUCUUUCUUUCAUUCCUUGCAUAAUCUCAUCUCCUGUUUAUUGCAUAAUCUAUUCCUUUCUUCAUUCCUUUCGUCAUUCUCUCUUCCCUUCAUAUUUUCCUUCAUUCAUUUUAAUAUUUAUUCCUUCCUUUAUGCCUUUAUUCCUUACCUCUUCUCUUCUCUAUCACAUUUUCCCUCCAUCCAUUUCUUUCUUUCUUUCUUUCUUUCUUUCUUUCUUUCUUUCUAUUUUAAACAAUUUAUUCUUCUUUUCUUCUAUCUCAAACUCUCUUUCUUACAGACGCUCACUCUUUCCAUCACUUUUUCUCUGCUUUCAUUGCUUGACCUCUCCUUUCUUUUCUUUAUUCUUUCUUUCUCAUUCUUCGCUUUUCAUUUCUAUCACUUAAACCUAUUUUCCUUUCUCCGUUUCUCCCUCUCUUUUUCUUUAUUUCCUCUCUCCCUCCCUCCUUUCUACUAA